UGUACUGAUCCCAUACGUCCCCGCUCACACACAAAUCGUUUAACAGCGUUUGCGCUGCUCGAAAUACCGAGAGAAGCGCAUUUAUUCCGCCCGCAGAUAACGGCAUAAAUCUAGCUGUAGGUAACGGUGCGCGAAUCGAAAGCUCGCUGGUGCGCGCGCGCUCUAUCUCCCGCUCCGCUCCUGACGUCAGCGAGAUUGUCUUUGAGAGCGUCGCGCCCAGCAGCGCUCUCUCUCCACACUGACCCUCCAUUGUGCACACGCUAACGAUGCCAGCGCUCGCAGCCGCCGCCACCCAGUAGAGAACUCCCAGCCCGAGGACCGAGCACCACGACCCCGCUACACAGUCCGAGAGCGCGCGCCAGAGACUUAUGUUCGAGCCCAACAUUGUCUUUUGCGGGAUUUAAUGCUCUAGCUAGUCGACGACAGGGAGAGAGAGAGAGAGAGAGAGAGAGAGAGAGUGUGUGUGUGUUUGUGUGUGUGAGAGAGAGAGGGAUAGGGACAGCCUUAGCGAGGGAUAAGGAAGAAACACCGAGGAUAUUUCUCACCCGGACCGUUUUGGAGAUAAAAAAGAGCCGAGAUUCAUCUAGCCAUGGGAUGUACACUGAGCGCAGAGGAAAGAGCGGCUCUGGACAGGAGCAAAGCCAUCGAGAAAAACCUCAAAGAAGACGGAGUCACUGCUGCUAAAGAUGUGAAAUUGCUCCUGCUAGGGGCUGGGGAAUCUGGGAAAAGUACCAUCGUGAAACAGAUGAAGAUUAUCCACGAGGACGGUUUCUCUGGUGAUGAUGUGAAGCAGUACAAGCCAGUGGUCUUCAGCAACACCAUCCAGUCUCUGGCUGCUAUCGUGCGUGCCAUGGACACACUGGGGCUGGAGUACGGAGACAAGGAGCGUAAAGCUGAUGCUAAGAUGGUCUGCGAUGUUGUGAGCCGUAUGGAGGAUACCGAGCCCUACUCUCCAGAGCUGUUGUCCGCCAUGAUCCGCCUGUGGUCUGACUCAGGCAUCCAGGAGUGCUUCAGCCGUGCCCGCGAGUACCAGCUCAAUGACUCCGCCCAAUAUUACUUAGACAGUUUAGAUCGGAUCGGUGCUGCAGACUACCAGCCCACAGAGCAGGACAUUCUGCGAACUCGAGUGAAGACCACCGGGAUUGUAGAAACCCACUUCACCUUCAAGAACCUGCACUUCAGGCUGUUUGAUGUGGGAGGUCAGAGGUCGGAGAGGAAGAAAUGGAUCCACUGCUUUGAGGACGUGACCGCCAUUAUCUUCUGUGUGGCUCUGAGUGGAUACGACCAGGUGCUCCAUGAAGACGAGACCACGAACCGCAUGCACGAGUCCUUGAAGCUGUUUGACAGCAUCUGCAACAACAAAUGGUUCACAAACACCUCCAUCAUUCUCUUUCUCAACAAGAAGGACAUAUUUGAGGAGAAAAUUAAGAAAUCUCCCUUAAGUAUCUGCUUCCCAGAGUACACAGGUUCAGACAUGUUCAUGGAAGCGGUGGACUACAUUCAGUCCCAGUACGAGAUUAAGAACAAGUCAGUCGACAAGGAGGUCUACUCACACAUCACCUGUGCUACAGACACAAACAACAUUCAGUUUGUCUUCGACGCUGUCACCGAUGUCAUCAUCGCUAACAACCUGCGCUUCUGUGGCCUUUACUAACCCACAGUGAGGCCCAGCUCUUACACAACCCCAGAAUACACUGUCAACUGUUAUCAGAUAUGACAUUUUGUCUUUGUUUUAUACUUUUAAAUGUCUCCACUUGUGUCUGUCAGGUCAUUUGAUGGCCUUUUAUAAGGUGAGAACUAACUCAAAUCUGGCGAUAGUUCUCACAGAGCUGUUCUUUAAUUUAUGUGCUAAAUUUAAACCAAAGGUCUGAACUCAACUAUUGAUUUUGGUACAUUGUUACAAAUACAGGAAUGUGCUUUGAAUGUCCUUGCUGACACCUUCCUGGUGUGUUAGAGAGAGGUCAGGAGAUAUUUUAAAGUAAAAAUUGGUGCCAAACUUCCACUACUUUACUGAGCUUAAUUAAUAGUAAAGUCUGACAUAUUCUUUUGUCCUUAUUACACAGUAUGAAGAUAAAUAAUUCCAGAUUCAAGGCUAUGUGGCAAUAUUUUAAAUUCCCAUGACUAUGUAAGUGGCACUAUAAUGAUGUUCUAUACACAUGUAUUAUUUUCAAAUGAAUGCAUAAUGGGAUAUGAAUUUCAGUGAAUAUUCACAAGCUGGCUCAUAUUACAUGUGUUCUGAGUUGGCAGCAAUCUCAGAGUGUUGAUGAAACACUAGGCUUGACAUUUACUUGGCAUUUAGAAGAGAGUGCAAAUGUCCGAUGCCCUGAGCCAAACCACAAAAAUGUUAGCCUCUUAGCAUCCCAAAAAACAACAGGACGUGUUACUCCUCAAAAUUGGAUUUUGGACCUUUUAAACCAGACACCCAGAACAUUCCAAAGAUUCAAAAGCUGUCUUAACUGUUUUUAGCUUAUUGCAUUUUGAGAACAGACAAAGCUGAUUAUAACUACAUAGAAAGAGAUAAUAACUAGAUUUGUACCACAUACAUAUCUGAUGCAUCUCUAUAUAUAUAUACU